AUGGCCCGUCUCGACUCAAGGGAAGAAGACGAGGAGAAGGACGGAACCAGCAGCCAGAGAAAAGGAGAGAAAGGGAGAAAGGAGAAGAAGAAGAAGAAGAAGCAAAGGAGGCCACGCGCCGCGAGCCAUGGAAACAGAUCUCUCCGUGCUUUAGGGAGAAAUAAGGGCGGGCAGAGAGGCAAAGAUCGUUUUAUUAAAGGACGGCGUCUUGCCUGCGUCUUCCUCUCUCUCGUCGUCCCGUUCUCUGUCCGUCUGUCUCCUGGCCGCCAGUGGUUGUACGAGGAAAAAGCAACGACUGAUAAAGAGAAGAAGCAAAAGAAGCAGAAGAAGAAGAAGAAGAAGAAGAAGAAGCAAAGAGGAAGAAGCAGAAGCAGAAGAGAGAGCUCCCCAGGUUCAUCUCCAGGUUCAUCUCCAGGCCGUCUCCAGAUCUCCAGGUUUUUUCACCCAGCUACCUCUAUCUACAACACCCCAGGACAUCCGGAACCGCAACAUCCUCACAGCAACACCUCCAGCAUCUCAAGCAUGGCGGGCACGACAGACGUCUCGCGCGUCGAGGCGCCGGUGACGAUGAAGGCCUACUUCAUGUGCGCCUUUGCGGCGUUUGGAGGCAUCUUCUUCGGCUUCGACUCGGGCUACAUCAACGGCGUCAUGGGCAUGGAGUACUUCAUCACCCUCUUCACCGGCCUCAAGAAGUCCGACUUCCCGCCGCCGCACGAAGACAAGUUCGCCCUGCCCUCGUGGCAGAAGUCCCUGAUCACCUCGAUCCUGUCUGCAGGCACCUUCUUCGGCUCCAUCGCCGCAGGAGACCUCGCAGACAUCAUCGGCCGCCGCACCACCAUCAUCGCCGGCUGCGGCAUCUUCAUCGUCGGCGUCAUCCUCCAGACCGCCUCGGCGGGCCUCAACCUGCUCGUCGCCGGCCGUCUGAUCGCGGGCAUCGGCGUGGGAUUCGUCUCCGCCAUCAUCGUGCUGUACAUGUCUGAGAUCGCGCCGCGCAAGGUCAGAGGCGCCAUCGUCUCCGGCUACCAGUUCUGCAUCACCGUCGGCCUGCUGCUCGCCUCCUGCGUCGACUACGGCACCCAGUCGCGCCAGGACUCGGGCUCCUACCGCAUCCCCAUCGCCCUGCAGAUGCUCUGGGCCCUCAUCCUGGCCGGCGGACUCUUCCUCCUGCCCGAGUCCCCCCGUUACUUCGUCAAGAAGGGCAAGCUCGAGGAUGCGCAGAGCGUGCUGGCUCGGCUGCGUGGCCAGGACCGCGACUCAGACUACAUCCGCGAGGAGCUCGCUGAGAUCGUGGCCAACCACGAGUACGAGAUGCAGGCCGUCCCCGCGGGCUACUGGGCCUCCUGGAUGCACUGCUUCAGCGGCAGCCUGUUCAACCCGGCCAGCAACAUCCGCCGUAUCAUCCUCGGAACCGCCCUGCAGAUGUUCCAGCAGUUCACGGGUAUCAACUUCAUCUUCUACUUUGGCACCACCUUCUUCCAAGACCUGGGCACCAUCGACAAUCCCUUCCUGAUCGGCCUGAUCACUACCUUGGUCAACGUGUGCUCUACCCCCGUCUCGUUCUGGACCAUCGAGCGCUUCGGUCGUCGGGCACUGCUUAUCUGGGGCGCUAUCGGCAUGUUCACGUGUGAGUUCAUCGUCGCCAUCGUGGGCGUCACCGACGGCGAGAACCGCAAGGCCGUGCAGGGCAUGAUUGCCUUGAUCUGUCUGUACAUCUUCUUCUUCGCCUCGACCUGGGGUCCCGGCGCCUGGGUCGUCAUCGGCGAAAUCUACCCCUUGCCCAUCCGUUCUCGAGGUGUCGGUCUCUCUACCGCCUCCAACUGGCUCUGGAACUGCAUCAUAUCUGUCAUCACUCCCUUCUUGGUCGGCACCGACAAGGCCAACCUCGGCGCCAAGGUGUUCUUCAUCUGGGGCUCGCUCUGCGUAGGCUGCUUCCUCUACGCCUUCUUCCUCAUCCCCGAGACCAAGGGCCUCACCCUCGAGCAGGUCGACAAGAUGAUGGAGGAGACCACUCCCAUCAAGUCCUCCAAGUGGAAGCCUCACACCACCUUUGCCGCUGAGAUGGGCCAUGUCGCGACCGCCGCCGCUGACGAGAAGAACGCUGUCCUCGACGCUGCUGCCGACUCUGCUGUUUAA